AUGGUUUUCUUCACAGAGAGGACGAACAUGGUUGAAGAAUUGGGAAGUAGAGAUGAAUUUUUGCAGCGAAGCAGAGAAAUAGAGACAAGUUAUGAUUUAAUUGGUGAGAUAAGACAAAGAUUUCUGAGAUUCAAGAGACAAAAGUAUCUACCAGAGAUAGAAAAGUUUCAAGCUUUGGCCAUAGCUCAAUCACCGAAGGUCAUGGUGAUAGGAUGUGCAGAUUCAAGGGUGUGUCCAUCCUAUGUACUAGGAUUUCAACCCGGUGAAGCCUUUACGAUCCGAAAUGUCGCCAAUCUCAUCACCCCGAUUGAGAACGGGCCAACAGAGACCAAUUCAGCUCUUGAAUUUGCAGUCACUACUCUUCAGGUGGAGAACAUUAUAGUAAUGGGUCAUAGCAAUUGUGGAGGAAUCGCAGCGCUUAUGAGCCAUCAAAACCACCAAGAACAAAAGUCUAGUUUAGUAGAGAGGUGGGUUAUGAAUGGGAAAGCCGCUAAGUUAAGAACACAAGCAGCUUCAUCACACUUAAGCUUUGAUGAACAAUGCAGAAAAUGUGAGAAGGAAUCUAUAAAGGAUUCAGUAAUGAACUUGAUAACGUAUCCAUGGAUAAGAGAUAGAGUAAAGAGAGGUGAAGUCGAGAUUCAUGGGUGUUAUUACAAUUUGUCAGAUUGUAGUCUUGAGAAGUGGAGACUCAGUUCAGACACAAUUAACAAUGGAUUCUGUGUUUCAGACAGAGAGAUAUGGACUUGA